GUGACAGACAGAAAAUGGGUGGCCGCUAGUUGUCGGCACGAUUCCCGUAUUUUUAAACAUAGUUUACCUUUCCUAGCUUUAUUUAUUAGUUCCCUAACUGCAGCUUGUUCAGAGUGUUCCCGUGUAUUUUACAGUUUCCCUUUCCUGUCAUAUACAAAACACCAGGGUGCGAUGCGCGCGCCGAGCGGCGUGGUGCGGUGGUCGCAGAGCGGCGUAGCACCGCUCACGGACUACGCGGCGGUGUCACCAUCGCCAGCCACAGCGCCUCAAUACCUCUACGAUGAACGUAUUAACCAGCGUCUUGCGUUCUGGCAAGGUGAUAUCACAGCUUUAGAUGUGGAUGCGGUAACGAACACUACAGAUGAGACGCUGUCGGAAUGCAACGCGAUCAGUGAGCGGAUAAUGCAAGUCGCGGGACCGGAACUUAAGGAGGAAAUCGUUACUAGAGGACUCGAGUGCGGCACCGGCGAGGCGGUGGUGACGCCGGGCUACCAGCUGCGCAGCCGCCACGUGCUGCACACCGUGUGCCCCAACUACCUGCCGCAGUACCACACCGCCGCGGAGACCUCGCUGCACAACUGCUACAAGAACGUGCUGUGCGCGGCGAGCGAGGCGGGCGCGCGCUCGCUGGCGCUGUGCGUGCUCAACACGCCGCGCAGGAACUUCCCGCCCGACCUCGCGGCGCACGUCGCGCUCAGUACAAUCCGUCGUCACCUGGAGCAGUGUGCGCUGCCGGGCGUGGUGGUGGUGUGCGGUUUUUGGCCCAUCAAAUUACGUUUCUAA